AUGGAAGAGCAGACUUCAACUCGUUCACAAAAGCGGCCUCUAGUUGCGCUAGGAAAAGAAUUGGGAUAUAAACAAGUGCAGUACCUGAAACCCUAUUCUCAGGAUGUGUCUUGCACUUCGAUGGCCUUCGCCUUUAAUCAUACCUUUUCGAAUACUUCGUUUAUUUUAAUGGCGAUGCAUUAUGCAUUGCUAUUGGGAAUUUUAUUAUCGCGAUUUGAUGAGUUUUCAAUAGUUAUCUGUCGGCUCUUAGCGUUACCGCGAAAAAUUCUUAAAAAUCAUCGUGGUACCGCAUUAGGAUAA